CCAACAACAGCCAAAGCAGGUUCUGUUUAUAUAUCCUUUUUUCGCAUCAUCAUGAGAAGAUUUGUCUAAUAUUAAUAUCAUAAGAUUCUAUUGAUAUUUGAGACGAAACAUUGCUUUUGACUUCUCAACGCGAGACCGCUGUUUUCAUACCCGCCAUCCUCUUCAGACUGCCAGGUCCGACUCUCACGUUCUCAGUAAGAUUUAAUUUCUUCUGCUAGAACAUCCUUUUUUUAUCUUUGAAACUUUAGCGUACGGGUGGUGACGCCUGUGAUCACUGAGUGUUUACUGAUUGUCUAAUUUUCUUUUGGACUUUUCUUUUUUUCCUUGCUUUUCUUUUGUUGUGAUCAUUAUCUGUUCAACAAAAGAAAAACUUAUCUAGUAAAAAGAAAAAGAUUCGAAAAAAGAGAUUGACCGUAGUUCCACACUCUGUCUCAUCGAUUAUUAUCUCCCUACCGUUGUUGAUUUGUUAAAGAAAGAGAAGCUCGGAAUCUGUUUUACUGACAAUGAAAAUUCUUCAAAAGAAAGGCUAUAAAGUGGAACGUCCCCUAAACAAGGGGUCCUAUGGCACCGUUGUACUGGCACAUCGACUUUUUCGUACUAAUCGUUAUAAAGACAACAAAUAUGCCAUCAAGUGCAUAAAAAAGCCUUCUCCUACCUUUUUAGAUGAAGUGAAUAUUCUGCGAGAGCUUUCUCGUUAUCGUCAUCGUAACAUUAUUCACUUUGUCGAGUCUUUUGAGGACCAUGUAUAUUAUUAUGUUGUGCUUGAGUACUGCGCGUUUGGUGAUCUUUACGAGUGUAUCCUAAAUGACGACUUUCCGAAUGCUAAAAAUCAACCAGAAAUGAUUAAAGACAUUUUUUUACAAGUCAUCGAUGGCGUUUCCCAUAUGCAUUCUCUUGGUAUUUAUCAUCGAGAUUUAAAACCAGAAAAUUUUCUUUUGUCUCUUUCCAAUGAUGGCAAUGACCUUGUUGUGAAAAUCAGCGAUUUUGGCCUUGCUUGUAGAGAUGAGAUUUCUCAUGAUUUUGGUACCGGAAGUGAUCGAUAUAUGGCUCCAGAACAAUUUGAAGAAGUCGACGACAUGGGUUACAGUCCUCGUUCUGCUGAUAUAUGGGCUAUUGGGAUUUGCCUCUUGAAUCUUAUAUUCGCUCGCAACCCUUUUACUUAUCCCAAUGAGCGGGAUCCUAUUUUCGCGGAUUACGUACUUGAUCCCAUGACUUUAUUUGAUGUAUUCCCUACUCUCAGCCAGGAUACAUACGAAGUAUUGAGAGCUUGUCUAUGCAUUACUCCCGAAAAGCGCUCUUUGGAAAAGGCUAGGGAAGCUGUAAUUGCUGUUAACAAUUGGACGACUGAUGGUGAAGAAUUAGAAAGUCUCGUCAACGAAGACGAAGAGUUUUGCCCCUCAAACUUUUUGUUUGAUGAAAAUAUUGUUCGUUGUACUCAGUCUGAUAGAGAGCCCUUACGAACACCUUCCUUAUUAACACCUGCUGCUACGACGCAACGUGGUCUACUUCCUUCUAAACUUCAACCCCUCUCUGACUUAGAUGAGAAUGCGUCUGUUGUAUCCUCUCCCCAGUCACCCAUUUCACUAAAUGCUGUUAAUACUAGCGAUCGUUCAUACGAUUCUGGUCUUGGCGAAAGUUUAAAUAACAUGCAUAUCAGUAAGCCAACUGCUAUGCCUGUUAAUACCAAGCGAUCUCCCUACUCAUGCAGUGCACCAGCCAUUGUUUUUCCUAACAGUAUUAAAGGUAACAAAGAUCACUUGAAGUUUGGACGUAGUUGGUGUGAUUUGGACGAAGAAGAAGAAGACAAUCUUAGCUUUGAUAGUCAUGACGAUUUUGGAGCACCUAAUGAAUUAAAUGCAAGAGACUUAGGACUUGCUGAUGAUUGGAACGUUCUUUCACAAUGGAAUGAUAACGCCUAAGCUGGUUAAUUGAUCUUUGACUUAAAUCGAACUGUUAUGUUCAGUCACUAAUAAUUUAUUAUCAACAGUUUGCAUGUGUCAUAGUCAAAGGUCUCGUUAGUUAUGUUUACGGUAUAUAUUAGUUGGAAAAUACUUAUAUGUCGUAUUUCGUUCAAUUGAAUUUCAUGAUUCUUUAUAUUUCCUUAAAAUUUAAAGUUAAUAUUAUUUUACGACUUUGUUUUGUUUAGAUACCGACAAAGUAGCUUCAUUUAUUUAUUUUAUUUUAUAUUUUUAUCAAAAUCUGGAGCACAGUAAAUUGAUUUAAGAUAAAAGAUUAAUUAACAAAGAGACAUGCAUAACCCCAC